AUGUAUCACUUAGUUCCAAAGUGCGGUCUCAAUUUCAAGCAAACGGCUCAAAAGCCAAUUGACUAUAAUUAUGGUCCACGAUCUGUAGCCAUCACUGAUUUCGAUAAUGACACGGUUUUAGAUAUGGUUAUUGCCCAUCAUAUAGCGAACAAAAUAGCUGUGUAUUUAGGAAAUGAUGAUGGUAGUUUUAGAAAUCCAACUAUGUAUUCAACAGGUUCCUACUCUAGUCCUUACAUGGUCACAGUUGCUGAUUUCAAUAAUGACAACCGAUUGGAUAUUGCAGUAGCGAAUUUCGGCACUAACAAUAUCGGGAUCUUUCAUGGAUUUGGGAAUGGAUCUUUUCUCGGUCAAAUAGAACUUUCAACAGGCUCAUCUCGUCCAAUAGCCAUUAUUGCCGUUGAUUUCAACAAUGACUCACUACUUGAUAUUGCCACUGCCAAUCACGGAACUCACAGUGUUAGUAUAUUCUAUGGAUAUGAUUAUGGAAACUUUUCACCUCCAAUGACGUAUUCAACAGGUUAUGAUUCUCUUCCAUCCUCAUUAGUUGCCGGAGAUUUCAAUAACGACAAAUAUGUAGACCUUGCCGUUGCCAAUUAUGGUACGAACAAUGUUGGCGUACUUUUUGGAAAUAGCAACAGAACUUUUGAGAAACAAAUCACUUUUUCAACUGGAGUUGGUUCCCAUCCAUACUCAAUCGCUGUUGGCCAAUUUAAUGACGACGGAUUUGUCGAUAUAGCCAUCGCCAAUUCUGGAACUCAUAAAAUAGGUGUACUUUUGAACAACUGUAACGGAACUUUCGCUAAUCAAACCACCUAUUCCCUCGAGUCUGUUUUUCCGUAUGCGAUUGGCGUCGGAGACUUCAACCAAGAUAAUCGAUUAGACAUCGUCGUCACUAAUAACGGUCAUGAAAAUAUAGGUGUACUUCUUGGAUAUGGAAACGGGGAUUUUGAAAAUCCAAUUAUGUAUUCAACUGGAUCUUAUUCUUCAAUUUCUGUUGCCAUAGGUGAUCUCAAUAAGGACCAUCGAUUAGAUAUUGUCGUUGUAAAUAAUGAUACUGGUGCCAUAGAUAUUCUCCUUGGUCACUUUAAGGGUUUUUUAAAUCAGAUAAAGUAUUCAGCUGGCACUUAUCCACUAUCUGUAGUUGUUGGUGACUUCAACAACGACACUCGACUAGACAUCGUUGUCGUCAAUCCGAAUAGCCAUGAUGUGAGUGUCCUUCUGGGAAAUGGAAUUGGUUCUUUUGAAAAUCAAACAAGGUAUUCAGCUGGCACUUAUCCACAGUCUGUAGUUGUUGGUGAUUUCAACAACGACACUCGACUAGAUAUCGUUGUCGCCAAUUCUGGUAGCAAUGAUGUGAGUGUCCUUCUUGGGAAUGGAAAUGGUUCUUUUGAAAAUCAAACAAGGUAUUCAGCUGGCUAUGCACCACAAUUUGUAGCUGUUGGUGAUUUCAAUAACGACACUCGACUAGAUAUCGUUGUCGCCAAUUGGAAUAGCAACGAUGUGAGUGUCCUUCUUGGAAAUGGAAAUGGUUCUUUUGAAAAUCAAUCAAGGUAUUCAGCUGGCUCUUUCCCACAAUCUGUAGCUGUUGGUGAUUUCAAUAACGACACUCGACUAGAUAUCGUUGUUGCUAAUUUUGAUAGCAAUGAUGUGAGUGUCCUUCGUGGAAAUGGAAAUGGAUCUUUUGAAAAUCAAAUAAGGUAUUCAGCUGGCUCUUAUCCACAGUCUGUAGUUGUUGGUGAUUUCAACAACGACACUCGACUAGAUAUCGUUGUCGCCAAUAUGGGUAGCAAUGAUGUGAGUAUUCUUCUUGGAAAUGGAAAUUUUUUUUUUGAAAAGCAGAUAAGGUAUUCAGCUGGCACUAAUCCACUAUCUGUAGUUGUUGGUGAUUUCAACAGCGACACUCGGCCAGAUAUCGUUGUCUCCAAUUCUGUUAGCAAUGAUGUGAGUAUUCUUCUUGGAAAUGAAAAUGGUUUUUCUGAAAAUCAAAUAAGGUAUUCAUCUGGCUCGUCACCACGAUCUGUAGCUAUUGGUGAUUUUAACAACAACACACUACUAGAUAUCGUUGUCGCCAAUUCUGGUAGCAAUGAUGUGAGUGUCCUGUUGCAAUAUGGAGCGCUAACAUAUAAAAGCGCCUAUGCAUCUGGCGGUGGAUCUAGCCUACAAUGCGUAGUGAUUGGUGAUUUGAACAACGAUACAAACCUGGAUAUCGUCUUAGCUAAUUAUGGCACUGAUAAUAUCGGCGUCCUUAUUGGAUAUGGAAAUGGUAGUUUUGAAAACCAAAUGAUGAUCAGCACUGGCACGAAUUCUCAUCCGAUUUCCAUCGCGGUUGGCGACUUCAAUGGUGACCGUGUAGUGGAUAUUGCUUUAGCCAAUAAUGGUACCAAGCAUGUAGAUAUGAUGCUUGGCAAUGGGAAGGGAAAAUUUGCAAUUCAAAAAAGUUAUGAAAUUGGUUUUGAUUCACCUCCGUUAGUUAUGGCUUCUGGUGAUUUUAAUAAUGACAAACGAUCGGAGAUCGUGAUCGCUAACGGUGGAAGUAAUCAUGUGGAUAUCUUUGUUCGGUACAAUCAUGGUUCUUUUGAAAAUCAAACAAGGUAUUCAGCUGGCUCUUAUGCACGAUCUGUAGUUGUUGGUGAUUUCAACAACGACACACGACUGGAUAUCGUUGUCGCCAAUUCUUUGAGCGAUGAUGUGAGUGUCCUUCUUGGAAAUGGGAAUGGUUCUUUUGAAAAUCAAACAAGGUAUUCAGCUGGCUCUUAUCCACAUUCUGUAGUUGUUGGUGAUUUCAACAACGACACUCGACUAGAUAUCGUUGUCGCCAAUUGGAAUAGCAAUGAUGUGAGUGUCCUUCUUGGAAAUGGAAAUGGUUCUUUUGAAAAUCAAACAAGGUAUUCAGCUGGCAUGGGGCCACAAUCUGUGGCUGUUGGUGAUUUCAACAACGACACUCGACUAGAUAUCGUUGUCGUCAAUUGGAAUAGUAUUGAUGUGAGUGUUCUUCUUGGAAAUGGAAAUGGUUCUUUUGAAAAUCAAACAAGGUAUUCAGCUGGCAUGGGGCCACAAUCUGUGGCUGUUGGUGAUUUCAACAACGACACUCGACUAGAUAUUGUUGUCGCCAAUUCUUUGAGCGAUGAUGUGAGUGUCCUUCUUGGAAAUGGAAAUGGUUAUUUUGAAAAUCAAACAAGGUAUUCAGCUGGCUAUGGGCCACAAUCUGUAGCUGUUGGUGAUUUCAACAGCGACACACGACUAGAUAUCGUUGUCGCCAAUUCUGAUAGCAAUGAUGUGAGUGUCCUUCUUGGAAAUGGAAAUGGUUCUUUUGAAAAUCAAACAAGGUAUUCAGCUGGCUCUUAUCCACGUUCUAUAGUUGUUGAUGAUUUCAACAACGACACUCGACUAGAUAUUGUUGUCGCCAAUUAUUUUAGCAAUGAUGUGAGUGUCCUUGUUGGUUGCGACAAUAUAGUUUUUGUAAAGCAAAUGAUACUGGUAACUGGAAAUGAUUCUCGACCACAAUCUUUAGUAAUUAGUGAUUUUAAUAAUGAUGGUCUGAUGGAUAUCGGCGUCGUCAAUUCACUUACUCACAAUAUUGGUAUUUUUCUUGGAUAUGGUAAUAUAUUUUUUACAAAUCAAGUAAUAUAUUCCACUCCCUCAUAUUUAUCUCCAUGCUCUCUGGUUGUUGGUGAUUUCAACAAUGAUACUCGAAUGGAUAUUGCUUUUGGCAGUUGUGACUCGAAUAAUGUUGGCAUUUUGCUUGGAUGUGGCAAUGGAUCUUUUGGAGAUCUAAUGGUGUAUUCAACAGGUUCAAAUUCGUCUCGAUACUCUUUAGCUGUCCGUGAUAUUAACAACGACACUAUACAAGAUAUUGUCGUCGCAAAUCAUGAUGCCAAUUAUCUAGGCGUACUUCUUGGACAUAACAACGGCACAUUUGCAAGUAUCAUCCUAUUUCCGUUGGACUAUGGAUCCAAUCCAUUCUCUAUUGUCGUUGGAGACUUCAACAAUGACAGAAAACUAGAUAUUGCCGUCGCUAAUAGUGGUACUGACAGUUUAAAUAUUCUCUUGCAGACUUGUUAG